AUGAAAGAAUCGAAUGGACAAAAUGGAACACCCGGCAAAGGAAAUGGCAAUAAAAAGCUUAAAAAAGUGAACAAACCCAGCGGGCAGGCAAAGAGUGCAGCCUCCACGGGUGGUGGUAAAGUUCCUAAAAUGUGGGACGACGAUCGGUUCGCCCAUCUGAUCAACAACCCGCGCUACCAUGGCAUACCGAAAUCGAAGAAAAAGGUUAAAAUCGAUAACCGAUUCAAGGCAAUGUUCGACGAUGAGCGAUUCAAUCAAAAGGCAUCGAUGGAUAAAUAUGGUCGGAAAAUCAAGAAAACAGAUUCGAAUAUGCUGCGGAAGUUUUACCAUCUCGAUUCGGAUGAGGAGGAAAACGAGCAAGAAGCGGAACGGGAACGUAAACGUGAGGAACGUGCAAUGGAGGGUAGAGUAGGAAGCGAUUCCGAUUCGGAUGCCGACGAAGGAUUAGAGUUAACCGAGGAGGAAAAGAAAGCGGAACUCUCGACGACCGUUAAGACAAAAUUGAAGGACGUGAAUGUGGACUUUGCGCGUGGUAAGGGUAUGCUGGGAUCGGACUCUUCCUCCGACGAUGAUUCAGAUGGUGGCGAAGAGGAGGGCGUAUUUAUUGAGCACGUCUGGGGCGAACUGGAUGCGGACGCAGAAAGGACGGAUGAAUCGACGAGAAGGUUGGCCAUCUGUCACAUGGAUUGGGAUCGAAUCCGGGCGGUGGAUGUUAUGGUGUUGCUGAGUUCUUUCCUUCCACCGGGAUCGGCCAUAAAGAGUGUUACGAUAUAUCCAUCGGAAUAUGGAAAGGAACGUAUGAAGGAGGAAGAAGAACGUGGCCCACAGGAGUUGACUGCUCGUACGGGUGACAGUUCUGGCGAUGAAGAUGAGGACGAAGAGGUACAGAAGGAACGGUUGCGUGAAUAUCAGCUGAAUCGUUUGAAAUACUAUUACGCGGUCGCUGAAUGCGAUUCGAUUGCGACGGCAGAUAAAAUCUACCGAGAGUGUGACGGUAUUGAGUACGAAAGUACGGCAAACAAGCUGGACCUGCGGUUCAUUCCCGAUGAUAUGGAUUUUGAGGAUGAGCCGAAGGAUUACUGCUCCGAACUUCCGGAGGUGGGCAAGUAUGUGCCACGGAUUUUCGCAACGACGGCCCUGCAUCAGGCAAAAGUUGAACUCACUUGGGACGAAAAUGAUCAAGAUCGUAAGGAAUUUAACGAAAAGCUGCGCGAUGGCAAAUGGACAGAGCUGCCAGAGGCUGAGCUGAAAAAAUAUGUCGUUUGUUCGAGUAGUGACGAAGAAGCGGAUGGAGAUGACGUCACCAAUGGAAAAUCUAAACGCCCGAUAGUACGAAUACGACCACCCGGUAGCAACAGUGGUUCCGAAGAAGCAAGCGAAGACGAUGAAAAAGGUUCCAAUUCAGAGAGCGAGCCAAAAGGGCGCCGCAAAGAGAAAAUGAUCGCAAAGUAUCGUGCACUGCUGAACGAUAUCAAAGAACAGGAACAGACGGAAGAGGACGAUAAAACCGGCAUGGAAUUCACCUGGGAAGUGGAAGGCAAAGAUAAGGAUCUAUCCAACGAUAAGCCCGAUGAGGAUGAAUCUGAUGAUAAUCCCGCUACCAAGCGCACGCAAGACGGUGUGAAUCCUUUCGAGAAGAUUUUACUAAAGAAAAAAGAGAAAAGCAAACGUCGCAAGGAACUGAAGAAGCGUCGUAAACGCGGUGAGCUGGACGGUGCGGAAGGACCGACCAACGAGGACGAAUCCUCCGAGGAUGAUCUACCGUACGGAGUGGAUCUUAACGAUCCAUUCUUUGCGAGCGCUUUCGACGAAAAGGAAUUCGAUGUAGGUAACAAGAAAAAACCCAAACAGAAAGAUCGCGAAGCGAUACAGCAAGCGAAGGAGCAGGAAGAACGUGAAGCAGAAGAAGCUGCACGUCGUUGUGCCGAGCUGGAACUUAUGCUGGACGAUGGGGAAGACAAUAGAGCACAUUUUAACUUGCGUGCGAUACAGGAGCGUGAGAUUGAUCUGACCAGUGUGUCAAAAUCCAAGCGACGUCAUCUGCUGAAAAAGAGCAGACGACAGAUCGAAGAACAGCGCAACAGUAAGGCGGCUGCGGAUGAAUUUGAAGUGGAUGUGGAAGAUCCUCGGUUUAAGGCGAUCUACUCGAAGCCGGACUAUAACAUCGAUCCGACAAAUCCGGCCUUUAAGAAGACGAAAGCGAUGGAGCGUCUGAUUGAGACGAAGCUACGGAAGCGUCAGCUGGAGGAGAAUGAUGUGCGGGAAGAUAAUGGUAGGCAGGAACAGCAGGAACGACCGAAACUGCCACGCAAAGACGUCGCCACAACAAUGCUCGUUAAGAGCAUCAAGCGAAAGAUACGGAAUGCAUCGUAA